CGCCCUGAUUGGCUGCGGGGCGCAAUGGCGGGCGGGCGAGUGUCUCGUGCCAGAGUGGCAGCAGGGGAAGCUGCCCGGGGCUCGCUUCCCGCCGGAAGGAAGAGCAACAACAACAACAGCAGCGGCAGGAGUGCAGGCGAAGGGAUGCCAGGCUGGGAGCGGGCGGCACGGCUGUGCCUGUGCGCGGCGGGGCUAGCCCUCUCGGCCUACGCCUUCCACGUGGAGGCGGCCAAGGAGCGCGACGCCGCCUACCGCGCCAUGUGCGACCUCAGCGCCAGCGUCAGCUGUUCUCGCGUCUUCACCUCCAGGUGGGGUCGUGGUUUUGGCUUGGUGGCAGGCCUCUUAGGAUCCGAUAGUGUGUUCAACCAACCAAAUAGCAUCUUUGGGAUUGCUUUCUAUAUUCUUCAGGUCCUUUUGGGUUUCUCCACCAGUGGCUUGGCGGCCAUCGCUCUGUUGGGCUCAUCCUUGGUCUCCAUUGCUGGUUCGCUCUACCUGGCUUACAUCCUCUUCUUUGUGCUCCAUGACUUCUGUGUGAUUUGUGUCAGUACUUACAUCCUCAAUUUCGCCCUGCUCUUUCUCAACUACAAACGCCUCAACUAUCUCAACCGGUCUUGGCAAUGUCAUCCAGCUAAGACCAAAAAGCAAUGAAUAUAAAACCUGGAUUAUGCUAGAAUGGUGAAGCUUUAGACUGAUCUUUCGAAUCUUUUUAUAAGCCUUUUGUUUCGCAUAAAUUUGCUCAUUCAGCUUGUUUUGCCCUCUUCCCCCAAAUCACUGAGACCAGAUUUUUCAGCAUUCCUCUUCUCUGUGCCUUUGGAUUCCAAUCAAGUUAGGACUCUGGGUUCUAUUUUGAGUCUUUAAUGGUUGUGUUAACCUACAGAACUCAAUACCUUCUUUUUAAAUAUAUAUAUAUAAAGCUUAUUUUUAUAGGCCUUCAUAUAGGAACAAAAACAAAAA